CUCUUUCUUCUUCUUGUUGCCUCAGAAGUUCGGUUUCUUCAAAGCGCAAGUUAUUUGGGCUAAACGAUUGAAGACUGUUAGCCAUUAACGAAUCGUUUCAAACGUGGAAGUUUUACUGGUCAUCAGGUGGCCUGAUGGCGUCUUUGGAAAUAAAAUCUGGUACAUUGAUUUCCUUACAUGACCUGCAUCCGUCAUCUCCAUUUUUUAAGCAAGGAGCUUCGCUCAGAAUAACUGGAAAGUUACGUGAAUAUUCUAUAGAGGCGUGCCUAGCAACGAUUGUUGAUGGCGAUGACAUUCUACAAGUUAGUACCGAACAUCUGAGGGACCUUAGCUUUCAAGUUGGCUCUGUCUACCAAUUCAUUGGUGAACUCCUUAUCCAACCUGAUAAUGAGGUAGUUUUGCAAGCUCGUGUUGGUAGAAACGUUGAUGGGAUCGAUCUCAAUCUUUACCAUCAGUCCUUGCUGCUCUUAAGACAGUUCCAAGCCAAUCAUUUAAACAAUCCAGAAACUAUGUAGGAUUAUUUGCGCGCAGAAGAUGCCAUGCUAAUAUGAAAACGCACUCCUCUCAUAAUUGAAAAGAUAGAUGGAAAUUUGCUCCGUAAACUAUUGUAUAGCAAUGUUUGUUCUCACUUAGGGACACUGAAUGCAUAUGCUUUUCUAUGUGUUUUCAGAUAAAGACGCAGUGUCUGCACUCUACAAUGUUCUUCAUGUAAACAGAACCUUAGCAAGUUCACGAUGACAUUUUGUUUUAUUUUUAUUCUCUUUCUUUUGGCUGCAAAUGGGGCAUGACAUCAGAGAGUUGUUGAGUAUUAAUUGGGCUUAGCUGUGCAUUCUUCACGGGGACAUUUAGUUUUUCCUGUGACGCUAUGCAACAAACUUUUGGCCACCCCUGAUUUUGCCAUCGGAAAUUAAGGCAAGGGAGGUGGUAUAUUCAAGGAAACAUGAGAUAUUUAGUGCA